CUUUGCCAUCUUCAUCAGGGAUUAUGCCUGGGUAUGUCUAAUCUGGUGGUAUUCGUACCCCUGUUGUCUGCCCCUCCUGAAUACUUAGUCCUCAUCCAAUCAAGUUUCUGCUGUUCUACUUCUGUUAGAAUUCUACAUGAGAACUGGAAUUUGAUUGUAAUCAAGUUGGAACAAUGGAAACCUGAUUGGAUCAGGACUAACCAAUCUGGAGAGAAGGAUGACGGAGGUAUAAAUACCAACGGACUGAACAUGCUCAGGUAUCAACCCUGAUGAAAAUGACAGAGUUUGUCAUCAAAAUGUCGGUUAAACACGUACCUGUACCUGGCUAGAAGUCCAAGAAGAGUUCAUUCGUCAUGUACACUGGGAAAGCACUAGGUCCUUUUGCAUAUCUCUCUUUAACCAGUGGAAAAUUCUGGAUUCUGCUUUUCCAUAUAUGCAUAUGAAAGGUCUUUACCUCCCCAGCAGUUCACUAGUAACGUCCUGACUAAUGCUGAAAUCCUCACAGGGUGCAGAUGUGGAGUAUCUAUUUUCUACAGUUCCUCAACAGUUGCACCAAGGAAUCUUAUAACUGUACCAUUUGCCAUGGGAGCAAGUUAAACAAGAUAUUUAGUUUACAGCUUUGAAUGUUGGUGUUACUUGGGAACAGGGCUUAACUAGCUAUCAAAAUAUUUCUGUCGGCAUGUGGGCAGGCAGACAGUCGAUCGGGAGGGGACAAACGGCCACCAGGAUGUUGGAGCAAAUUCUUGGGCCCAGACACAGGCAGCUGCUGAAAAAUUGGAUUCCAAUUAUCACUACAUGGGGAGCUGUAGCUGGUGUACUGCUGGUCUACGCUACAGAUCGGAAAGUUGUAGUUAGCUGUAUCCCAUACAUAAAAAGAAAAUUCAAGAGUGAUUGAAGAUUAUUAACGGAUUUAAGGGUAUAAACUGACCAAGUCUGAUUGUGUGCAGUUUUAGUCACCAAAUUACAGGAAGGAUAUUAAUAAGGUUGAAAGAGUGCAGAGAAGGUUUACAAGGAUGUUGCUGCGACUUGAGAAACUGAGUUACAGAGAAAGUUUGAAUAGGUUAGGACUUUAUUCCCUGGAGCAUAGAAGAAUGAGGGGAGAUUUGAUAGAGGUAUAUAAAAUUAUGAUGGGUAUAGAUAGAGUAAAUGCAAGCAGGCUUUUUCCA